AUGGGAGAUGGUGAGAGGGACUUCGAUAAAAAUGGAAAGUCAAGGACCGCGAAAGUUGCACGCAAACAAUUUCGAGUUGUCACUCGUGAUGCCCUCAGGAUAGCUUAUGCUUUACAAAAAUCGCCCACCGUGGGGCUCGAACCCACGACCACAAGGUUAAGAGCCUUGCGCUCUACCAACUGA